CAUUACAAUUGGCUAUGAAGCAUGUAGAGCAUGAAUAUGCUGUGGUUGGUUCGUGGGAGGAUUUGAAUAUUACGUUAGAAGUACUCGAGCAUUAUAUACCGCGAUUUUUUCGAGGUGCAACGAAACUGUAUUUUGAUGUUGAAAACGGAAUGAUAUCAACGCCAAUGAAUGCCAAUCCUUGGAAACCGACUAUAAGCACACACAUAAAGGAACUGAUUAGAAAAAACUUCACGCGAGAAUAUGAGUUUUAUAAUUUUUGUAAACAACGGUUGUAUAAGCAGUAUUAUGCGCUAAAAAAAUUAUAUGGAUACGAUUGAAAGUCAAAUAGCUGAAAGGGUUCACAAUUUAGUGACUCACAUGUUAUAA